AUGCGUACAUGGGAUGCGGUUGGGGCCCCUGGGGCGAUUUCUCAGAGACUAGCCAAGGAAGGAGUAGUUGCCGACCGACCGGGGCUGCGGGUGAAGUCAGUACCUUUACCGGGCCUCUGUGGCGUACUACGGGUAAACGUUAGCCCACGGAACUUCGGUUCCCUGGCGAAGGUCACAGGAAACCACAUGUCCAAAGUGGGAGAACCGCUCCUCGCAGCUGACUGGAGCCAAUCUGGGAGUCAAACCUCGGAUCCCGGGCGCAUGUGUGGAGGAUUACCUGCAAAAGUAAACAAACAAAGGAUAGGGGACGCAGGACAGGAGGACGAGAGCGCGGGGGCACGAGACAACGCACCGAGAAGGCCGAUGAGCGGGGAGGGCCCGAGCAUUCACCGCGGCAACGAUACACCGGAACCAGGAGGUGGAGAGGAACCGCUCUUCACGGCAUCGGACGCCACACCGCUUCCGCAAAGGAACAAGCGGAAACGAGAGGAGCUGACACCACCGGACGGACGCCCGGGCUCUGAGGAAGAGCUGUUUCAACCAAGGCAGCUUGGGGAAAAGGCAGGGUGUGCACAGCGGGAGGGGCCUCCCCGGCAAUCAGAACUCUCCACAACAGAGGAUGAGCUAGGCGAGGGGGCCUCCUCGGAACAGGAGGAAGAGGGAAGGGUGCGGAGGGGCCUGCGCCCCAAGGGCAAAAAGAGGCGCAAGGCCACACCCAAUGCAAAGCCCAGCGAGGGGCCCGGGGGGAUGGCGAAUGAGGGAUCGGAGCGGGACGAACCAGGUCCGAGCAUGAGGCCGGCGACGGGGCCCGCCCCGCCAGCACCGACAACGUCGCGGCAACCCAAACCGCAGAGGAGAACGGCCGCGAGUUCGCUGGAGAGCUCCCCAGAGGGAGUAGGCCCACCAGAAUACCGGGUCAUGUCUGCGGCGGACCUAGGGGCUCAGAUACGGGAAUGGCUGGAGGAGACGGAUGCCAUCCGGCCCAAGUGUCGGUCCAUUUCGGGAAGGCUGAGUGGCGACAUAAAGAAGCGGCUAAGCUGGGCGAAGGAGGCACUGCUAACCCUUACAGGGAAGGCAGUAUCGGCCUACGACCCUGCACCGCUGAGGGCGCGAAACACGGAGCUCUCAGCCCAGCUCCGCAAGGCUGAAAGGGAGAAGGAGGAAGCGCAGCGGGAACUCGCGGAGGUAAAGCGGGAAUUAGAGAGAGCCAAGGAGCAGGCGGUCGACCGUAGCGUGACGACCUACGCCCGCGUGACCAGAGACGGGGGAGCAGGAGGAGGGGCGAGGGCCACCUCACGAUCGGACAGAAUGGGACAGGGCCGAGCGCUCACCCCACUCAACGUAAGGGCUGCUAAAAGCAGGCACGAAGGCCUUGACCCAGCAGCGGAAACGCCGACGCCCGGUAGCGCUCCGGAUUCGGGGCUACGACUAACGGAGGCCGAGCUUGGGCUACUCCCGGCCAGCCUUAGAGAAAGGGAGACAGCCCUUGAGCGGCAGCUGACCUCCAUCGGUGAAGUCUGGAAGGAACUAAGGAAGAUGUCGCGACAGAUCCAGCUCCUGGGGGACAUGGACAGAGGGAGGGCGUCGCAAACACCGGUUGAACCCGAACCCCCCGCAACAACAAGCGGGAUAAUCGAGACCCGCGGAGGUGCAACCGACACACCAAGGGUGGGCGGCGAAGACGGGUGGACAACCGUUGGUAACGGUAGGCGGAACCCAAGGAGGGAUCAGGGUGAGGCCGCCAGAGCAGAGCCGCCAGCAGGGGCUCCCGCCGCGGCCCGGCAAACCGCCGCCAGGCCUACCGGCGGACGGCAACACGAAGGGAGCGCUAACGCACAGGUGACCGUGGCUAAGAAGAACGCGAGUCGGAGGCCCCCGAGAUCAGCCGCCGUGGCGAUCAAGGGGACCGGGGUUUAUGUUAACUACGGGGAAAUAUUGCGCAGGGCGAGAGAGAAGAUCUCCCUCACGGAGCUGGAAAUGCCAGCGACCAAGAUCCGGCGCUCUGCCAACGGGGGAGUACUGAUCGAAGUAGCCGGCUCAGAUGGAGCGCAAAAAGCCGACGUACUGGCGGCACACCUCGGCGAGAUGACGAGGGCCGAAUACGGGGACGCGGUUCGAAUCUCGCGCCCCACCACCAAGGGAGAAAUCCGAGUCCUGGGCAUGGACGACUCCGUAACAGCGGAAGAGCUUGCCGCCAUAAUGGCUGCAACAGGAGGGUGCGGAAUCGAGGCGGUAAAGGUCGGACCCCUGCGGGAGAUGACCAACGGCCUGCGGAGCGCGUGGGUCCAGUGCCCGCUGGGAGCGGCCACGAAAAUAGCCGCAAAGGGGAAGAUACCGGUAGGAUGGACGACGGUGCGAGUCAACCUCCUCGAGGCCCGACCGCGGCAAUGCUUUCGUUGCUGGGAAUUCGGUCACAUUGGGGCGACCUGCAAGGCACCCAAAGCACGCGGGGCAGCGUGCUACAGGUGCGGCGGCGAAGGGCACCAGGCGCGAACGUGCACGGCGGCUCCCAGAUGCGCCAUCUGCGCAGAGAGGGGCGGCAACAGCGCGCAUAGAAUGGGUUCCGGACAAUGUCCGGCAGUAGAGGAGCGGGGUCGGAGGCCCGCAGCGGUGACGAACCGAAAUGGCCAGGCUGCCCCAAAGACGGGGACGGACGUGUGUAUCAUCUCGGCGCCACCCACCGCCUCGGACUCGCCGCGCUGGGUCAGCAGCAGGGAGGGACGGGCAGCAGUAACCUGGGGGCCAGGGGACUUUCGGCAAGGUUGCCGGCUAGGUAGCAGAGGAGAGGGAUACGUUUCCGUUAUCUGCCGUCAGAUAACGGUCAUCUCCGUAUAUAUCUCCCCAAACAUCACCUUGGAGGAUUUCACCGCACGCCUCGAUGACCUAGGGGAGGCCGUCCGAUCAGCAGACCGCAACCAGGGGGUAAUAGUGGGCGGGGACUUCAAUGCCCGCUCACCAGCGUGGGACCCCACAGGCGCGAACCGUAGAGGAGAGAUCUUGGAGAGCUGGGCAGCAUCCCUCGGGCUCUGCCUACUCAAUACCGGCGCAACGGCGACCUGCGUCAGACCCCAGGGGUGUUCAGUCGUGGACACCACCUGGGCCACACCGGGCCUAGCCGUAAGGGUAAGGGGAUGGAGGGUUCUCACGGGGAUCGAGAACCUCUUGGACCACCGGUACAUCGCCUUCGAGGUGGUGGACCGUCCUCAGGCCGGUGAACCCCCGCCGAACAGAGGAACGACUGGCCGCCGUUGGAACCUAAACAAGUUCAAGGAGGAGAGGUUCCACGAGUCCUUAGCGCUACAGCUAGCGUGGGGACCGACUGGACCGGACCGGAUGACGGCAAAUGGGCUUGCCAGGUGGAUCGGGCAGGCGAUGAUAGAAGCCUGCAACGCGGCGGCGCCCAGGUCCUGCCCACCUCCGCACAGGAAAUCCGUGCACUGGUGGACCGACGAAGUAGCCGAGCUGCGCAGGGCCUGCAUCCGAACUAUGAGACGGAUGACAAGGCGUGACCACACCCUGCGGGCGGGCUCGCUGUGGGAGGCGGAAUACAAGGAAGCCAAACGCAAACUGCGAGAAGGGAUCAAGGCAGCCAAGGCUCGGGCCUGGCAGGACCUGAUCAGUGCAGUGGAGACGGACCCCUGGGGACUGCCGUACAGAAUGGUGUUUAACAGGCUGCGGGGGUCCUCCCCAGGAUUGACGGAGACCCUGGACCCGGCCAUCACCGAGCGGCUGCUGUCCUCUCUAUUCCCGCACCGGGCUUCGCGCGGCGAAGACCAACGGGAGGAGGAGGCAGAGGCACGCGGAGAAGAGGGAUGGCGAGACGAGUGGGCAGUGAGCCCGGAAGAGGUCCGCACGGCCCUCAAAAAGGGGGGGCAAAGGAACACGGCACCGGGACUGGACGGGGUGAAGGGGAAGAUCUGGGCUAUCGUCCCAGACGACAUGGUGGCCCUCCUAGCCCAGUGCUACUCCAAGUGCCUACAGGAGGGGGAGGUUCCCCAGGAGUGGAAGACGGCACGACUGGUGCUUAUCCCCAAAGGGGGGAGCAUGGCGGGGGACCCGCUGCCAAAGGUCAGGCCCAUAUGUCUGCUGAGCGAAAUCAGCAAGGGCUUCGAGCGAGUGGUAGUCGAGCGGCUGAAAGGGUGGAUGGCAGAAAACCCUGCGGCGGAUCUCGCAGAGGGUCAGUACGGCUUCCUGGAGGGCAGGGCAACGUGCGACGCGCUGCUGAGGCGUGCCGUGGGGGGCCAUACUGACGGCCCUAAAGGACAGAGAGGUGCCGAGGUACCUCCGAAGGGUGACGGGGUCGUACCUGAGCGAUCGGGAACAACGGGAUACUAUCCCGUGCGCGCAGGGGUCCCGCAGGGGUCGGUAUUGGGCCCACUCCUGUGGAACCUCUGCUUCGACGGGGUCCUUCGGGUACACAGGGAAGAGGGGUGCGACGUUCUAUGCUACGCGGACGAUACGCUAGUUCUCAGCUCGGCGGGGGACAUGGCUACCGCGAUCGUCUUAGCUGAGGUCCAGGUGGCGACGGUCGUGAGGCGGAUUAACCGCCUGGGGCUGACGGUGUCGGCCACCAAAACCCAGGUGGUUGCGUUUACCAAGGGCCGGGAAUGGCGACACUGGGCAACGCAGAGCCCAUGCCUCAGGGUAGGGGGGGAGGCAGUUGGGAUAAGUAGCUACAUGCAGUACCUGGGAAUUACGCUAGACGCCCGGCUCAACUUUCGUGAGCACUUCGCGCGAGUGGAGAGCAAGGUGGCGAAAUCGAUGCGUGCGUUAUUCAGGCUGAUGCCAAACCUGCGGGGACCCACAGAACAGAGGAGGAGGCUGUACGCGGAGGUGAUAUACGCGAUCAUCCUCUACGGAGCUCCAGCGUGGAGCGACGCGACGUCUGACCGCGCCGUUAAGCGACGGCUACAAAGAAUGCAACGUACGGUACAGAUAAGGGUCGCAUCGGCGUACCGUACCGUAUCUCUGGUAGCAGCAUCCAUGCUGACGCGAUCACCGCCGCUGGACCUGGUAGCGAGGGCGCGAGCUCGUACGUUCCAAAGCGUCCGGGAACAACAAGCGCGGGAGGGAUCAAUGCAGCAGGCAAACGCGCCCUGGCGGCGUUGGAACGGGCAGCCGUAG